GUGCUGUGUUUUUAUUAAGCGUGUGAAGAGAAUUAUGGUCUUCAUAACGAAACGAGGGGACAUUGAACUAUGGGUAAAGGAACAUUACAUACAUUUGGUCCAUCUUUUAAUAAACAUGGUGCAGGGCUGGAUGCGGCAGCACAGCCUGCAUAAGGCAAUGAAAGAAGCCCGUUAUCUGCAGAAGAGCAGCAUCUCCCUGGCUGCUGUCCUCCCGGGAUGGCUCCCGCCUCCUCCCACUCCCGGCAGCCCUUGCGCGGGGAGGCGGGCCCGUCUGACUCCUUCCCCCUUGUAGACUCGCCGGCGGGAGGUUUGAAGACCCGAGCGCACGCAGAGCCUCUAGACACCCGGCUCGCACUCCACGGUGUGGGGCUGUGGCAGAAGGACCCACGGGUGGAUCCCACUCCCGGGUCACCGGGCGCUGAGUGACAAAGACGCGGGCCCUGCCCGGACAGACGACCGCGACGCUGACCAGCGACCUGAAGCCGCGGGGCGGCGGGCUGACUCCAGCCGGGAUAGCUUCCGUGCCGCCCGCGAGGGACUCACGUCUUUGCUGUUGUGUGUCACGGAGCCUGGAGCUCUCGGAGAGGAAAAAGGACACCGAAGCCCUUGCACACAGCCUCAGCCCGCUACGCCGAACCCGAGGCACGGCCUGCGCAUGCGCACCGUUCUGCCUUCCUGCCAGCGCACGCUCGUUCCCGCGGCAUCUGCUCUGGUCAUGGAGGCCUCGGGAGGCGCUGGGGGCGCCUUUCUGAAAGAUGUUGUGGCCUAUGUUGAAGUAUGGUCUUCCAAAGGGACAGAGAAUUACUCAAAGACGUUUACAAAGCAACUUGAGGAUAUGGGGGCAACGGUGUCAAAAACGUUGAACAAGCAAGUGACCCAUGUGAUCUUCAAAGAUGGGUAUCAGAGCACGUGGGACAAAGCCCAGAAGAUCAGGGCAAAGCUGGUUUCCGUCCUCUGGGUUGAAAAAUGCAGGAUGGCUGGAGCACGUGUCGAUGAAUCUUUGUUCCCUGCAGUGAAUACCGAUGAACAUUUACCAAACCUAAUUAGGAGAAAACACAAGUGUAUGCAGCCCAAAGAUUUUAUUCCUAAAACACCAGAAAAUGACAAAAGACUUCAAAAGAAAUUCGAGAAAAUGGCUGAAGAGCUACAAAGGCAAAAGGCAGCUCUAGAUGACGACGUCCCUGUCCUCAUGUUUGAGUCCCCUCAGUCACUGGUAUACAGCUCCCCAGUAAACAUGAUGAAGAAGAGACUACAGGAGAUGAAGGAGAAGAGGGAAAACCUUUCCCCUACCUCCUCCCAGAUGUUGGAGCAGUCUCAGCAGAAUCCGUGUGUCAGUCUGCUUAAAACAUCCUUGAACAUGUCUCACCAACCUUCGAGUUCAGAUGAAUCCUUUGCCAGUGGUUCUCACUUAUCUUUUGAUGGUCCCUGUGGAGAUCAAGAAAGGAAACUGGGAAGAUCUUCUAAUGAGAUGGCCAGGAUGACAUGUCCUUCCUCACCUGUGUUGAGGGCAAGCAGUUUUUAUGGUUCAGCAUCAUCCAACCACCUCAGGCAGCCAAGUCCUCAGAAAGCUGCAGACACUCCUUCAAAGGAGGGUGUCAACCAGCAGAAAGAGGCUACAAGUGAGGUAACUGAUUCCAAGAGAAAGCAAGCUGCAGGUGUUUCUCAGGGGAUGGCUGAUGAGAAGCACUGUCUGUCUCCUACCAAGUCUGUCAUAGAAGAGCGUGUAGUACAUUUGGAACCAAAGAGUUCUCCAGCAAAGAGAAAAAGGACAGCGGACUUGGGUUCACCUUCAAAAGGAAAACUGAAGAAGAGGUACAAGAGAAAGUCUACUCCGGCAGUACAAUUAUUCAAGUCCGACUGUAGCCCGCAGUCCACAACCAGACCUAUCCCGGGGACUCCUGAUGUUGAGGCCUCUUCGUAUGAGGACUAUUUUUCCCCUGACAAUCUCAAGGAGAGGAAUUCAGGGAGACUUCCCGAGGCUCAGCUACUAGCAAGCCCUUCUCUGUUCCGCUGCAAAGGUCUCUCAAAGUGGGAGCGAAAAAACAUGCUAGAAAUGUGUGAUUUUACCUGCAUUGGUGAAAAACACAGAUCCACCAACAUUAGUGACUUAAUUUCAAAAAGUACGUGUAGUCUUGAGAAACCUGAUAAGGAGGACGUAAAUACAGCUUCUACUUGCUUGCCUUUGUUGGGGACCUCUGCUGAUGACAGCCCAGGGCAGCGCAGGCACCCUGGCCCUCAGCCGAGGGAAGACACAGGUCCAGAAGGAAGCAGCCACCCUGAUAUCCUGUACAGCCCUGCUCACCACAUCACACCCUUGAAAGGAAGUAGUACAGAAACAAGAGACCCAGGUGAUGGAAAAGGCUCCCCCAAAGAAGGCACCACUCCUCCCGCAUCAGCCUCUCCUGAAGGUGUUAAAAAUGGACUAGGGAGGCCAGAUCCUUCAGACAGCUCGUACAGAGGCCUUGUCAGACCUCAAGAGAAACCGAAGAAUUCUGGGAAAGAAAAAGAGCCAACGAGAACAUUAGUCAUGACAAGCAUGCCGUCUGAGCAGCAGGACCUCAUCAUCCAGGUGGUGAGCACACUGAGAGGCUUUUCAUUCGCCCCUGAGGUCUGCGAGUCCACCACCCACGUGCUGGUGGGGAAGUCUGUCCGUACCCUGAACGUGCUGAUGGGGAUUGCACGAGGUUGCUGGAUUCUUUCUUACCAAUGGGUUCUGUUGUCUUUAGAGUUGGGUCACUGGAUUUCUGAGGAGCCUUUUGAACUCUUUGAAACCUUCCCUGCAGCUCCGAUCUGCCGACGUGAACGCCACUUAUCUACCCAGCAAUACCGAGGAACCCUCUUUGCCAAUCAGCCGAAGAUGUUCAUCGCACCAGCCAGCAGCCCUCCCAGAGCCAAGCUGUGUGAACUAGUGCUCCUGUGUGGGGGCCAAGUCAGCCCAGCCCCUCAGCUGGCCAGCCUCAUCAUUGGUCCCUACAAGGGCAAGAGGGAAGCAAGGAUCCAGUACCUGUCAGAGAAAUGGGUCUUAGAUUCCAUCACCCAACACAAGAUCUGUGACUUUAACAACUACCAGUUGCUGCAAUGAGACACCUAUGGCUGCUGUCCUCAACACUCAAGAAAAACAAGAGAAGGAACCAGCAUGCAACUUAAGGCUUGAUGUCACAUGUUACUUUAUAUACUGUGGUUUUUAUCUUGAGAGGGAGGGACAAAGGGAGGGAGGGAGGGAGGGAGGAAAGGAGAGAGAGAGAGAGAGAGAGAGAGAGAGAGAGAGAGAGAGAGGCUAGAGAUUAAAUCCAAGGAAUUUAAGCAAGCAAUGAACCACUGAACUACAUCUCCAGCUUUUAUCUUUAAAACUCUUUUUAUGUAACUUAUUCAUGACUCAUAUUAUAUUCCAGAGACAUCUUGGCCAGCAUCAGUUGGGUUCUUUAUACAAUACUAGUAAUGAUCAUGAUGAAGAGGUCACAGAACCUUUGUCUCCGAGAUACUUUAUUCCCAAUUAUAGGAUGGAAAUUGAUUUAAAUUGCUGUGGUCCUAAACAGUCAAGCAACUCCCUAACUCUUCUGGCUUAGACGCUGAGGUCUUUAUUACCAUGUUGUGUCUAGAUAGGGAGGACAAUCAUGCACAAUUAAGAUGACAUUUAUGUCUCUGGAGAUGCUUCACAGAGCAUUUAAGAAAGACAGGUAUGAAUGUUCUGUUCACUGACACUACCUGCCUUCUGAGUGGCUGCCUCUCAGCCUCAACUGGCUCCCCUGAGGUUCCCUAAGGAAAGUCAGCUACUGGGGUAGAGCUCUGUCAAAGGUGUCCAACCCCUGGCCCGUGUGUCAGACUUGUUCAAGGGUACCUGUAAAUGUAAAGCUGAUAUAAAAUUAUAAACAAAUCUAAAGCAUCAUGAGAUUUGUGCUUAUGUACGUUUCCCCCAACCCGGCAGGGUUGUAACUCAAUUGCACAGUUCUUCCAGAUGAAGUCUCUAGACUGCCACAUUGUAUUACAAUUAAAUGCCGUCAUCAGGUCGGUCACUCUCCAGUGUGUUGACACGGGUCUCUCAGACUGGCCUGGAGCUUGCACACCUCCUACUGUCCAUGUUCCCAGUGUUGACCUGUAGUCAUGCGCCACCACAUGUCAUGCUGCCAAGUCCCAGUGAGCUUGAAGGUUUUGCUCAGAUCGUUGUAGUUUUCUGUGUUCGGAUUGGUCGCUCAUGUCAGUUGCCGCUUCCGACCCAGUAAGUCUCAACUCCACUUCCAAAACCUCGUCAUUCCAAGAUAAGUAAUUGAGUCGUACAGUAUGUGACUUUGUGGCAUUGGCCUUGUUCCUUGUGUAAUUCAUGGUCUGAUGGUUCAUUCAUGUCAUGUGUGUCAGGACAUAAUUCCUUUUUGUUGCCAAACAGUAUUCUAUAGUACGGAUGCUCUACAGUCUGCCAUUCAUCCCAUGAUCCAAGUGAAGGCAUAAAGCCCAAGGGGAAAGCAGUUUAUGAUGUCAUGGUGUUCUGGACGAUCCAGCAGUCCAAGCUCCUUAGAAGGAGUGGAUCAAAUGAAAGUGAGGAAGACCACACUCAUCACCCUCCCCAUCUUCUGUAGUCAGAAUAAUUCUGUUUUCCCACACGAAUCCAUAGCUUAAAGCCAUCACUUGAAGCCAAAGUAAUGGUGUUAAAAAGUGUGGUUUGGGAGAAAUUAUCAGCUCAUAGAGCCCCAAUAAAGAGAUUGGUGCCUUAUAAAAAAGACCCGAGGGAAGCUUCUCCAUCACAGGAAGACACAGUAAGAAGACACCAUCUCAGCACCAGGAUGCAGGCAGGCCUCCCUGCUGGACAUUGAAUCUGCCAGUGUCGUGCGCUCCUGGCUUCUUCAUAACAAACAGAAUACAUCCAUCAGCACCACAGGCUAACAUACUAGACUAUGUCAGUAGAAAUGGGUUCUAGUCUUUACUCAGUGUUUGGAAUUCCUGAGGGAAAACGGAUUUACCUUCCCUGUUCCCAAAAUGUUCAGUGUAAAGUAGGGGGACUGCCAGCCAUACAUCCCACCAGCCUUGCAAGGAAGAAAGUUAGAACUGUCUUUCCUCUUGAUGGAGCAGAAACUCCAGAGCUGGCUUAUAUUGACCAACAAGAAAUCAGGAGGGGGCUGGGGAGAUGGCUCAGUGGUUAAGAGCACUGGCUGCUCUAACAGAGGUCCUGAGUUCAAUUCCCAGCAACCACAUGGUGGCUCACAGCCAUCUGUAAUGAGAUCUGAUGCCCUCUUCUGGUGUCUGAAGACAGCUACAGUGUACUCAUAUACAUAAAAUAAAUAAAUCUUUAAAAAAAAAUGAGAAGGGGCUGGGAAGAUGGUUGAGAGGAUGUCACUGACCAAUGGGCUCGUGCCGCUGGGGAAACAAGGAUCUAGUGGACCCCAGAAGAGUGUAAAUCAAUGUUCCAUUUACUUCCCAUGGGAAACAAUGAUUUCACGUAGUCUCGGGACCGUCCUGCCCAAUGUCAGCAGUAAUACCAGCCAUAGUGGUCUUUACCAGAGCCCUCUGCACACAGACCAGACCAGGACCUCCCCCAGACCCCUGUGAAUGAGUUAUUUAAAGCACGCCCUAGGUAACUCAUGCACUGGGAACUUUGGAGCCAGGAAGGUGCCAGCACCAGCGUGCAUGAGAGAACACCCAGGCCAUGAGAGGGACGAAGCAUCGUCAUGAGAAGCGGAGGAAGAUAAGGAUGUUCACUGCAAAGCGCUAGGAUGAGAGUCAAAGCAAGACAAAAGGGGACACAGUCUCCAAGUUUUACGGUUUCUGUCCUUCUGUACGGUAUUAUGCCCGUGCAGGCUAACAACUUCCGGUCAGCCUCAAGAGCAAGCUAAUGUCCCCUCUUUCUUUGCAAGUGUAAAUCCAUUAAGAGUUACUUUGUUGCACACAGCAAGUGGUGACUCCGUGCUUCUUAUGUGACGUCAGGCAGACCUGGCUGGCUAAAUCCUUGAUCACCUGACAUCAGUCUCUAAAUCCUUCAGUCAGCUCCCACUCCUAGAGCUCAGGGUUACUGAAACUACACCCUCUAAUAUGUGGUUGAUCUUUCUGGUGACCAACCCCACCAGGAAUCUGUCUAGGCGUCCCAUGAGGAGGCCUCCAGCAUGCCUGCGGGGUUCCCCAAUUUUCUUUUUGAUUGAUUUCCUCCACAGUGAAUGUAUUAAACUGGUUGAAUCACCCAUGAAUUGUACCAGGAUUCCUAAUGGUAAUGGUUAAAUUGGAUAGAUUUUCAUUUUUUCUUAAUAAUCUUUUGAGAUUCUGGAAUUCAGACUCCCGUCAUACAUCGGAAUAAAUAUAAAAGCCUAAAGACAUGCAUCUCUUAUCUCAUUGCUCAUCACAAACCAUUACUAGCUCACGUGAAGACAACAAUUCUCACAGUUACCACCAACAUGACGAGACUGGAUUAUGUAUCUGUGCAUUGUUAGUGGUUUGAUAAACGGACACAGUGUCUUGAUUUGUGCAUGUGGGAAUCAGCCUCCUGAACGCUAAACACGCACUCUAACACUACGCUACAUCCCCGUCCUUCGACACGAUGGCUUGAGGAAGCAAUUGGUUGAUCACUGUGGAAACAAAGGUAUUUAUGUCCUAGAUCCAUGUGGUUUGAUUUUAAUAAAAUCUUCUAAGGAAAGGAAA